UUGUCUAUGGCUAAACGAUAACUUCGAUUUUUGGACAAACGAGCGUAGCGCUCGAUAGGAAAUAUUUGGAAGUUUGUCUGCGCAGUCGGUAUGGUCGAUAUCAUCUAAUCCAUACAACCGCAUGGUCAUCUAUAUAUACGCACUUUUCGCGGCUGACGCAACGCGUAAUAGCACAUAUCCAGGGCGUAACAUGUGUGCGUGUAUACAACUGUAUACAACACAGUGAGAAUCUGUGAGAAUUAAGUGAAUCGUGCGUGAAUGCGCUCGUGACACCUCGAAAUGUCAAAUUCGGCGAAGAUUCACGGCAAGUACCAUUUAUCCCCGCGUGAUAAAGGAUACGCCUACUCGCGCAUAUUUCACAGCUGCAUUCGCCCACUCGUGUCGUAAAUGUAAAUAUUUACAUAGAGUGAAAGUAUAUAGCGUUCCAUUAUCUAGUACAUAUAUACUGUACCCAGAUCAGGACGACGAAAAAAAAAAAAAAAAAAAGAAAAAGAAAUCUCGUAUCGGUUUGGCCACCCUCUCCCUUCCCCUAACAUAGAGACGCGACGCGAACAAUAUCCGCAAUUAGUUGCCACAUAAAACUGUACUUUGCCGUGCUUCCUGCAUAUUUAUGAUGACGGGAAAUAGGGCUUGAUUCUCUCUACGUGGACGUUUAACUACCGUAAACUGUCAAUUGCGAAGUAGGCGUAAAUAGGUACGCUAUAGUGUGUGGCGUGCGAUGAAACAACAAGAGUAGAAAGAUGCUAUGGCUGCCACGGCUACAUCGCGUAAUGAUGAGGAGGAGUUGAAUGGGGAAACUGAAUCAGAGGCCAGUAGUAUAUACCAAUGUGGUUCGGUAAUCUCCACCGUACCUGAUCGUCAUGGAUUCCUAGGUGGUUCGCAAUACAGUCCUGAAAGGAAGCAAUCCAUACCACCCGAUGUGAUACUGCGAAGAGAAAGAAAAUGGAUACAGAUGCUGAAUAAUUGGAGCCUUUUCAUGACAACCAAUUAUCGCAAAGUCCGCGAGAGAUGUCGAAAAGGUAUACCGCCUUCCGUGAGACUGCGCGCCUGGUUGAAUCUCUGCGGCGGUCAGCUUCUAAUGAACGAGAAUCCAAACUUGUACGAAGAACUGAUCAAACGGCCCGGCGAUCCUAAAUACAUAGAGGAUAUAAAAAAAGAUCUUCAUCGUCAAUUUCCGCAUCAUGAGAUGUUCGUCGAGAACGCUCCUGGGCAGCAAGAACUGUUCCAGGUCCUCAAGGCGUACUCCAUUCUGAACAGUAAAGUAGGUUACUGCCAAGCUCAAGCGCCUAUCGCUGCGUUUCUGCUGAUGCACAUGCCGGCGGUACAAGCGUUUUGGUGCCUCGUCGCGAUAUGCGACAAAUAUCUCGUUGGAUAUUACAGUCAGGGCAUGGAAACAUUGUUGCGUGAUGGAGAUAUUCUGUUUGCUCUUCUGAAGAGAGUCUCUCCUGUCGCAUAUAAGCAUUUAAAAAAACAAAAAAUGGAACCAAUUCUGUAUAUGACGGAAUGGUUCUUAUGCGUUUACACGCGUACGUUGCCGUGGGAAAGUAUUUUGCGCAUAUGGGACAUGUUCCUUUGUGAAGGCGUAAAAGUGAUUUUCAAAGUAGGCCUGGUAUUGUUGAAGGGUAGUCUGGGUCGCACAUCCUUCGUUAAGCGUUGCCCGACGACAUAUGAAACUCUCCAAGUUCUAAGAAACCCGUCCCAACAUAUCAUGGAAGAGGAAGCUUUAAUCUAUCAAAUUCAGAGGUUGAACUUGAGCGAGGAGGAUUUUGAGUAUGAGCAUCAGAGGCAAAUGUUGAAAAGAAAGGCAGCAGAUAAAGAAACUGCCAAUCGAACUGACUAACAAUUAAGUAGUUAGACCGAAAUAUGGGGUGAAAUAUAUAUUUAAUAUAUAAUGUCCCAAUAUGUGCCUUCCCUUCCAUUCUUCUGGUACUGUACAGAUUCUACGAUUUGUAUCUCUUCCUAUCGCGAAGCGGAGAGAUAUAGUGAAAACUGAUAGGUAUGUAUAUUUGCAAGAUAGAAAGAGAUUUUCAUAUACUUCGUCCAUGCAUACAUACAUACGUCCACAUUCCCCGAGCAGUCAGAGUGCACUAUUUAUCUUUAUUUCUUUUAUUAUUAUUGUACUACAAAAGAGAGCACAACAUUUGUAGACUCGCAUAAUACUAUUUAAUAUUUUCAUUAUCGACAUAUGUUUAAUUACUGAUGAUCUUCGGUGGUCAAUAUACUAUACCAAUAUUUAUAUAUAUGUACAAAAAUUUAUUUCAUUUUUAAAUAAACGUUAUAGUAUAUGAUAAUGUUAUAUACAAUACUACAUAAAUAAA